AUGGAGUCUUCGCCGCCCCUGAGCAGGAAGCCGUCGCGGGCAGCAGCGAAGCUGCGGCUGUUCUUCCGCGCGCCGCCCAGCGGCCCCCCCGCAGCAGCAGCAGCAGCAGCAGCAGCUGCUGCUGCUGCUGCUGCGGGCGAACGCCCCGCGCACCCAGGGGCCCCCGGGGGCCCCCGAGCCUUCGCCUGCCUCAGGCCAGGGGGCACGGGGGGCCCCUCCUGCCCCCCCUUGGCAGCAGUUUGGGGGCCCCUCUGCCGCCUCGUCAAGCGCCAGUCCCGUGCUGCUGCUGCUGCUGAGGGGCCCCUGGGGGCCCCCGAGCUUCCCACGCCCCCCACGGGCUCUCCCUCGAGCACUCUGGAGGUCUUAUCGGACUUAGCAGCAAAAGAAAAAGAAGCAGCAGAGGCCCCUGGGGGCCCCCCCGCGCCCCCGCAGGUGGGGGCCCCCCCCCGGGGGCCCCCCCGGGGGCCCCCCCGGGGGCCCCCCCGGGAAGCCCCAGCCCGGGGGGCCCCCCAGGGGGCCCCCCAGGGGGCCCCCGAGGGGCCCCCGGGCCCCCUGCUGCCGCGGCCUGUUGUGUUUGUACCCUUUCGACACCAAAUGGGUUUUGAAUUUGCACUUCCUCAUGACUGUCCAACAAUAAUGGAAGAAGAAGAAUGGACUUCUUUGGACUGCAGCGAAGCAGAAAGUCCCGGGGGGUGCAUGCGCAGCAGCGCGGAGGAGGCGCUGCAGCAGCAGCAGCAGCAGCCAGCAGCAGCAGCAGCAGCAGCAGCAGCGGCGGCAGCAGCAGCGGCGGGGAAGGAAGGCAGCAGCAGCGCCCAACGGGGCAGGCACGCGGGAAAAGAAGCAGCCCAAGACUUCUGCGGGGCUGCAGCGGGGGAAGCACCCCUGGUAACCCCUGCUGCUGCUGCUGCUGCUGCUGCUGCUGCUGCUGCUGCUGCUGCAGCGGGCGGACUCGGGGAGGUGGCGGGGCCCGUCGGUGCUGCGCCGCCCGAGGACCAGCAGCAGCAGCAGGUGACCAGUGGUCCACUUUCGCUGCUGGGGACUUUGGCUCAGAAAGUGGCAGCAGCUUUGGCUGCUUCUGCUGCAGCACUUAGUGCAUGCAGCGCAGCAGACUUAAUUGACGAAAGCCAGCUGCUGCUGCCCAGCAGCAACUCGCCGCAGCAGCCUGCUGCCCGCCAGCAGCAGCAGCUCGCAACUCUACACGCCCCACAAAAAGAUGCCAACUGCAGCAGCAGCAGCAGCAGCAGCAGCAGCGGCAGCAGCAGCAGCAGCAGAGCAGUCGCGUGCUUAGCAGCAGCAGCGCGGGACCGAGAAGACACAAGAAGGAAUUUAAUUGUCUCCAAAACUGCAGCAGAUUGCACCAGAGAAAGCCCCUACGAAAGCCAGCAGAGUGAGGGUCUCGAGGCCACUUUAGCAGCAGCAGCAGCAGCAGCAGCAGCAGCAGCAGCAGCAGCAGCAGCACAUGGCGGCGGCUGCCAGCUGCAGUCGCCCUUUGCAAAGAUAAACAAAUAUCUUGAAAUGAACACGACAGCAGCUGCCUCUUGGCGCUGCGUCGCUGCAAGCCGGCCAGGGGACGCUGCUGCUGCUGCUGCUGCGCUGCUGCGGGUUUCCGGAGCCUUCACGAGCAGCCAGGGGGCCCCCCGACAGCCCAAGGGGCCCCCGGGGGCCCCCCCUUCAGUCUGGGGGCCCCUCGGUGGGGCCCAAAUUGAAAUUGAUAUAUUCCAAGGCUGCCAAGCAGCAGCAGUUUUGAACUUUGCUCAGUGCACCACCAGCUACCCUGGGCUGCAGCAGCAGCAGCAGCAGCAGCAGCAGCAGCAGCAGCAGCAGCAGAGCCCGUACUACGGGUCCUCUUCGCUGCUGUCUGCCUGGAUGGAAGUGCCGCCCGCGGCCGCAGACUCGCAGCAACCAGCUGCAGCAGCAGCAGAAGAGAAAGGGCUUGGCGUUCAAGUGGUUUUGUUGAAGAAGAAGUUCCUGCUGAACACAUCCCGGGAGAAGAAGAGGAGCAAGCAGCAGCAGCAGCAGCAGCAGCAGCUGCUGCUGCUGCUGCUGCUGCUGCUGCUGCUGGCGACGCAGAAGCCGCGAAAAGCAGCUCGAUUGGAAUGGCCAGUGGGGGGCGAAGCCGCGCUGCUGCUGCGCUUUUAG